AUGGCGUUAGACAUCCAGCAGAGAAAGUUGCUGGAGGUGACUUAUCACGCGUUUGAAAAUGCUGGGAUACCGAUGGAUACAUUUUAUGGCUCGAGGACUGGUGUCUAUAGCGGCUCCAUGUCUGAUGACUACCAGCAGAUUCUGGCCAAAGAUAUUGAUAACUUGCCCAAGUACAGUGCAUCCGGAUACGCAAAGGCUAUGGUUGCGAAUCGCAUUAGCUGGUUUUAUAACUUCCAUGGUCCAAGUAUCUGCAUGGACUCUGCAGGCGAGGGCUUCGGAGUCGUCAUACUGAAGAGAUUGUCUGACGCAAUUCACGACGGAGAUACUGUCAGGGCCGUUGUCCGGUCAAGUGGCUCGAACCAAGACGGUCACACCCAAGGGAUAACCCAGCCGAGCCGCGAGAUGCAGGCGGCACUUAUCAGGGAGACUUACACCAAGGCUGGCUUGGACACGGCUUCUACGAGGUUUUUUGAAGCACACGGGACUGGAACCCCCUUGGGGGACCCGAUUGAAGCCGAAGCCAUCGGUAGUGUGUUCCGGACGUCCAGAGCCCCGGAUGAGCCCCUUUAUGUAGGAGCCCUCAAAUCAAACGUGGGACAUUUGGAGGGCGGUAGUGGUAUUGCCGCAGUCAUCAAGACAGUGAUGGUUCUCGAGAAAGGGCUGAUACCUCCGAAUGCGAAUUUCGAGAGGCUCAAUCCCAGAAUUGAUGCCGAGUUCCUGAAUCUCAAGGUCAGUCGCUGCUUAGGAAGACCAGAACUGUGUUCCACGACUAUCCGAGUCUGA